AUGAAUGAGGUGUAGACGGUGUAGAGUAUUGUAGAGAGUGCAAUUGAAAGUGACAGGUGACGGGUGACGGGAGGUAUUUAACAAGCCAAGGAUGGUGGCUGUUUUGAAUGAUUCCGACAGCGAGGACGAGCUGCCGCCUGGUUGGGAGGAGAGGACGACAUUGGAUGGAAACGUCUAUUAUGUAAAUCACUAUACCAAAGGCACGCAAUGGACGCAUCCUAGAACUGGUCGUAAAAAGAUCGUCAACGGAGAUUUGCCAACUGGAUGGGAGAGAUGUAUAUCAGAUGACGGUAAAGUUCUAUACAUUGAUCACGCAAAUCGUACAACAACCUACACCGAUCCACGAUUAGCAUUCGCUACCGAGUACAGAGAGAUGUCUCAAGUAUUGCGACAAAGAUUUGAUGCAAGUAGCACUGCCCUGGCGGUGUUACAUGGCCGAGAUCUGCGCAACAAAGUUGCCCUCGUUACAGGAGCUAAUGCAGGCAUCGGAUAUGAAACAGCCAGAUCAUUAGCUUUACACGGCUGCGAUGUAAUAUUAGCUUGUAGAGAUGUGGAAAAGGCUAAUGAAGCUAUAAGGCGUAUUCAACAAGAGAAGGAUACUGCAAGUUGUGUAGCUUUAAAAAUGGACUUGUCGUCACUGAGCAGCGUACGUGAAGCUGUCGAGGAGUUCAAGCUAAAAUUCAAGUCUCUGCACAUUCUUAUAUUAAAUGCCGGCGUGUUUGGAAUACCUUAUCAACUUACAGAGGACGGUUACGAGACGACGUUUCAAGUCAAUCACCUGGCGCAGUUUUAUUUGACGCUUCUGUUGAAACAGACUAUACAGGACACCAACAAUCCUAGGAUCGUAGUGGUUUCCAGCGAAUCGCACAGAUUUUCAUUGAUACGAACUGUAGAAGACCUUCAUCAGUUAACUUUGUCUCCACCGGCAUAUAAAUAUUGGGCGAUGAACGCAUACAACGUAUCGAAGCUCUGUAAUAUUCUAUUUGCGCAAGAACUGGCGCGGCAAUGGCCCUCCGUAAGCGUAUUUGCUUGCCAUCCCGGUAACAUGGUGUCUACAUCCCUAUCGCGUCAUUGGUGGAUAUACCGAUUGUUGUUCGCUUUAGUACGGCCGUUCACGAAAUCAUUGCAACAAGGAGCGAGCACGACAGUAUUCUGCGCUACUGCACCCGAGUUGGAGGGUGUAACAGGUAGCUACUUCAACAACUGUUGUCGUUGUCAACCAACGAAUGCUGCGCUGGAUCCUGCAUUAGCUGCGCGAUUGUGGACUCUCAGUCAGGAUAUGAUAGCAGAUGCUUUAAAAAGAGAUAGGGAUAAUUGCGGAGACUAAAGCAUUAGCUUUAUAGAUCAAAUCUAAAGAAAUACUAAUAUUUUUAUAUUAUUAUAUUAUAAUAUAAAACCCGAGUGUCUCUGUCUGUCUGUCUGUCCGCGAACUAUUUAUUCGUUAAUGGAUCGAAUUUCAACGCAUUGUAUAUGAAGUAUACUUUGUCUAAAAUGUAUAAUUUUUCGUUGCCGAUCUUUUUGAAAACCGGUUCCGACAUUU